GCUCACUCUACUCCUAUCCAGUGCCCCUAGGAACUGACAACGGAGAGGAAGGAAGGACGGGUUAGAGGCGUGGCGAAGGAAGAGGCGUGGCAUCAGAAAGGGCAAAUGGAGCUGCGUGAAGCUCCCCGGCACUUAAUGGUCUGUGAGAAAUCCAACUUCGGCCACGAAAAGUCUCGUCAUAAGCAUCUCGUGGAGACGCAUUAUCACAAUUACAGGGUUUCUUUUCUUGUUCCUGAAUGUGGGAUGCUAUCAAAAGAGCUGAAAAACCUGGUGAUGGAAAUUGGUCCCUAUUACUCUGUGAAGAACUUACCUCUUCAUGAAUUAGUUACACAUGAGUUCAUCCACACCUUUGUAAAGAAAGGUUCAUUCUCUGCACUAACAUACAACACAAGUAUUGAUGAGGAUAAUACUGCUGCCCUCCUACCAAAUGGGAAAUUAAUUUUGUCACUCAACAAAGAUACUUAUGAAGAAACUGGACUUCAAGGUCAUCCAUCUAGGUAUUCUGGCAGAAAAACUAUGAAGUUUAUUGUUUCCAUUGAUUUAGUGGAUUUAUCCGCUAACCUGGAUUCUAAGAAGUAUGAAAGAGUAUCUUGGUCCUUCAAAGAAAAGAACCCUUUGAAGUUUGAUUUUCUUUUGGCUUGGCAUCAUACAGGUGCAGAAGAAUCAACAAUGAUGUCAUACUUUUCCAAAUACCAAAUUCAGGAGCAUCAGCCAAAAGUGUCAUUGAGCACAGUGAGAGAGCUGCAGUGCCCGGUGCUGCAGAGCAGCUCCCUUGCAGGAGAGCCGGAGGAGGCCUGCAGUGCCCUGGAGCUCUUUGACUGGCUCGGCGCUGUCUUCUGCCAUGCGGACCUAGAUAACCAGCCUUAUAAUUUUAUAUCAACCUACCGCUGUCCCCAGCCAAGCACAGUGGUAGCCCAAGCUUGUCUAUGUACAGUCACUGGUUUCAUACUGCCAGAGAAGAUAAACGUCCUUCUGGAACAGCUGUGUCACUACUUUGAUGAGCCAAAGUUAGCCCCAUGGCUCACCUUGUCAGUUCAAGGCUUUGCAGACAGCCCUGUUUCAUGGAGAGAGAACGAACAUGGCUUCCAAAAAGGAGGAGAGCACUUAUACAACUUUGUGAUAUUUAGCAAUCAGGACUAUUGGCUUCAGAUGGCUGUUGGGGCAAAUGAUGACUGUCCACCAUAAGAUAAUACAAAAUUUAAAACUGA